UACGGAUGCGCACGGAGGGUUGGCGAGGACUGUUUUGUAUUUGCUCCCACAAUGCAUUGUGCGCUCCGCGGGAAACCAAAAUGGCGAAGGUGUGUAACCGAACCGGGCCGUUAGCUGGGUCUGUGUAGAGCGGAGCCAUCACCCUUCACGUCCCGCCGACUGAGCCGCUGAAAGCGCCGACUCGUGUUUUCGCUGUGGGGGGCGCUCUGCACCACUGAAGUGACCGAAUGAGAGACGCAACUGCUGCAGGCAAGUCACUGGUCCUUAAAAGAUCCCCUUUCCGGCAGAGUAAGAAGGCCUCAGAGUCCUUGACAAAAUCAUCUAUUCGGCAUGGACAGAAACCCAAGAGACAAGUUUGUAAAUUUGAAGAAGGACAAGAUGUCCUAGCAAGAUGGUCAGAUGGAUUGUUUUAUCUUGGAACUAUCAAAAAGAUAGAUAACAUUCAGCAGAGCUGUUUUAUUCUAUUUGAAGACAGCUCUAAGUCGUGGGUACUUUGGAAGGACAUACAAACGGGAGCCUCUGAAAGUGGUGAAAUGGUUUGUUCAAUAUGCCAGGAGGAGUAUUCUGAAGCCCCAAAUGAGAUAGUUAUUUGUGACAAGUGUGGCCAAGGAUAUCACCAACUGUGCCACACACCAAAGAUUGACUCCACUGUGAUUGAUAGUGAUGAGAAAUGGUUAUGCCGGCAGUGUGUAUUUGCCACUACAACAAAGAGGGGAGGAGCGUUGAAAAAAGGACCCAAUGCUAAAGCCCUACAGGUCAUGAAGCAAUCUCUGCCAUACAAUUUGGAUGAGUUAGAAUGGGAUGUAGGUCACAAGACCAAUGUACAGCAAUGCUACUGCUACUGUGGAGGCCCAGGAGAAUGGUACCUAAAGAUGCUUCAGUGCUGCAAAUGCAAGCAGUGGUUUCAUGAGGCCUGUGUGCAAUGCUUGCAGAAACCUAUGCUUUUUGGUGACAGAUUUUAUACAUUUAUUUGUUCUGUCUGCAAUUCUGGACCGGAAUACCUCAAACGUCUAUCUUUGCGCUGGGUAGACAUAGCACACCUCUGCCUAUACAAUCUAAGUGUUAUUCAUAAAAAGAAGUACUUUGAUUCAGAACUUGAACUCAUCACUUAUAUAAAUGACAACUGGGAUCUGUUGCAUCCUGGUGAGCUGGCAGACACGCCCAAAGCAGAAAAAUAUGAACGGAUCUUGGAUGCACUAAAUGAAAAUAAGACCAUGUUUAUGUCUGGAAAAGAAAUCAAGAAAAAGAAACAUUUGUUUGGUCUCAGAAUUCGGGUCCCUCCUGUUCCUCCAAAUGCUGCUGUGAAACUGGAGAAAGAAGAGAGCACAUCCCAUGAAUUCAAGAUUAAAGGCAGGAAGUCCUCAAAGCUUCAUCCGGUUACAAAAGAGGAAAAUAUUGGAGAAGUCAAGAAGAGGAAGCCAGUAGGUCGUCCACCAGGUUCACAUAGACGAAAGAUCUUACAAAAUCACUCUCUUGAUUCUUCAUCGAAAAUGGAAACGGGUUCGGUGUUGGAGAAGGUCACAACAUUGGAGUCAUCUGAUAUAAAAGAAGCGGAGGUCACCACUAUCCCUGGUAGUACUGAUGUGGAGUCCAAUGGUGCUGCAAGUUCAAAGGAAACUACCUCAACCACCCUUUCCAGUCCUCAGUCAGACUUGAGACGAGUGACACGCACAGGGAGGUCGUGGUCUACCAUACCGCCGCCCAGGAAAAGGGGUCGCCAUCCACGGAAAGCUCUCCAGGUUCACAAUUCAGAGAUGGGAAGAAACGAUGAAAGCAAGGAGGAUUCUCAGCUUGCUGCUGUCAACACAGAUAUAGUUAAAAAUGUCACAGAUCAUGACUUUCAGCUCCACCAUUUGAAGAAUUCCAUUACUAACUACUUUGGUGCUGCUGGGAGGAUAGCAUGCGGGGAAAAGUACCGCGUAUUGGCUCGUCGAGUCACACUUGAUGGAAAGGUUCAAUAUCUUGUGGAGUGGGAUGGAGCUACGGCCUCUUGACCACUGUGCUGGACAGCUACUUGUUCUUCAUAUUCAGGUUCCUUGAAGUGAAAAUAAGUUAUUUUUGUUCACCCUGUUCACUGCCAAAGUGCCUGCAAUACUUAUGGUAGCAAAUAGGUGCUGGCAUAGAGAAAAUAAAGGGUUUUAUUUUUCAUACAAUACAAGCUUUUCCCAGUGAUCAUAAAAGAAGACAUUGCUUUAACCAAAUAUCUGCAGUAGUGCACAUUUCUGACAAUGGUAUGACCUAACAGUAUUUGUAACCAAGCAUUAACGUUUUAGCGAAAUAAGUUUUUUAUGUUUAUCCCCUUUGCUGCAAGGGAACUCUGCACUGUCAAGUUGCUGCUCUAAAGAGAAAAAUAAAAUCUAAAUAGGAAGUGGACCCUAAGCUUUAGACACGUCUGCAUAGUACAAUUAAGUCUGUACGUCCCUGCUCUGUAAUACUGUUAUUCUUGCGUGUUUACAUUUUUGUUGGUGGAUUUGGUGUGGCCAAGGAAUACCAUUCUAGCAGACUGCAUAAGAUGCCCUACUGCAUAUGUAUUUGACAAUGCUAGUCUUGGUCCGUGUGGAAUGAGGGGGUGGAUCUCUAAUUGUUGCUUUAUGGAGGGGUCUUAAGCCAGGGGUUCACUUCCGGAAGAAACAAAACAAACUUCUAAAUACUUUAUUAUCUCCAGACCCCUGUUAAUUGAAUUUAAAGAUUGAACGGAUUACCUACUGAAAAGUAUGUGCUUGGCUAUUGUCUUUUGUGGAAGCAGAUGGUUUAUUAAUGGCUGUCUCAACAAAGUACAUGUAGCUCUAAUUUUAAUUGGUUGAAUUUUGAGGACAUGAGCUUGAUUGUAUUGAAAUGUAGCUCCUGUUUUUCUAGUAGUUUGGAAAAACAGUAAUUUGUCUAAUUUUAACCAGUAUCUAUGCAUGGGUGGAAAACAGUACUUCUGACAGCCUGGUAAUACUCAAAGUAUUUUCUACUGCCAAAAAAGCCAGUAAUCCUGCAUUCCAGUAUUCUUUCCUAUUGAAUAGUCUUCUCUUAUUUGCCACAUUCUGGUAUACAAGCUCUUACCUCCACCUGAAGGAUAAAAGCCUUGCUUGUAUUGUUUUGUACUGUACUGCCUGUCAGCAGCAUAGGGUGUAAAUGGCGUAAAAAUUUAAGGAAAAGUGGACCUUUGUCCUACUGUACCAAUCCGUUUAUUGUUCAUUUUGAGAAACUAGAAUAAGGGAUCUAGUAAGUCACUAUCUGCAACAGCUGCUCAAAGGGAGCCUGGAACGUAAUGCAAAAGUACGUACCAUAAUGCUCUGUUCUCAGCACUUGUCAGUAACAGCGUACCUAUGCUUGUAGCUCUUUUUUUAACCCUUGUGUUUACUUGCUGGCAUUUUCUAUGUAAAUGUGCCUUUUGCAUAGAUCGUGUUGGCUAUACUCUGUUCAGUCAUUGGGAAUGAAACGUGACUUAAUAAAAAUACUGUAGCAAAUGGAGUGCUCGUGUGAAAGACCCUAAGAAACCUGCAGGCUGAUAAGAAACGUUGGGCCUAUUACAGAAUUACUUUUCGUUAAACUGGUAGCCAGUGGGUUUAGGUUAUGUCUCUCACCUCAUUUUGUGAGCAAUUUUUUUGUUGGUAUUCAUGCAAACAUGACCUCUGCCAAGCUCCAUUUUAUCUUGAAAGUAGUAAUAAAGCCCAAAACCUAUUUUUGAAUUAAACACGUUUAGCUAAAUACCAUCCCAUGCCUGUAGCAGUCAUAUGCAUGUGGAGAAAUUUAAAAAGUCAGGAUCUAUGUGGAUGAGCUCGUCAUUCACCUCAUGUUAUUGAGGUCGGUGAAGAGUAUGGACAGUCACAGCAUGGUCUUAUUUGAGUCCCAGUGAAAAACAUAUCAUACAAUUUUAGGUUUUCUGGUUUACCUUAUUAGUAAUAUAUCCAGAUUCUGAAAACCGAAAGUAAAUCGUUGUCAUAUUUAGACAUCUAAAUGUCUCUACCGUUACAUUAUGGGAGAAAAUAUUUAGAUCGGAUUUCAUUAAAGUGUGUCACUGGUGCUAUACCUCACUUUACCCUCGUGUACUCUACUUUGGCCAGCACUAUUGCCUUUUUAGCAGUGUAUUUAAGAAGUCUUUAUCUUUUGUUAAAUGUACCUGUGUAGGUAGAUAGCCUUGUGGUGGUGUUUGUGGGUUUUUGUUUUUUAUUUCUUUACAAAUAUGAUCUAUGCAAUAAUUUUACUUUUUAAUAUAUGAGGGCAGUUGAAUUACAGUUAUGAAAAUGUGUCAAAAUAUUUGUAGUAUUUAACACUUUUUUAUUUUUAUUUUUUCAUCCCUGCCUUUCAGCUUUUUUAUUUUUUUUUUUUUAAAGGCCCAAGUCAUAUUUGCAGGACUCUUGUAUACAGACAGCUAAUCUCUUUCAACAUAAAAAGGGGUGUCUUUCCACCUCCUAGGAAACCCAGGUGUGGUGCACUGUGACUGUACUUCUAUACUCUUCUGUACUCUUCUGUACACCAGUGUGUAGAAGUAUAGCAUGUGGGCAUAUGCAAAAAAUAACUUUUUUUUUUUGCCAAGGUAAAAUAGAAUUUCUUCUAUUUUUGCAUGCUCCUGGACACUAUACUUUAACUAUAGUACCAGUGUAUAACGGAGUACAGCAGCACACAGUCAAUCGUGUCUAUGGGAGACGACACUUGGGCUUCCCAGGCCGGAAAAAGCACCAACUCUUACCUUGAACAGGUUCAGCUGCCCCUGCGCAAGAAGCGAAAUUGGCCACCCUUUUCCUCCUCCCAUCCUUAGAAAUUCAUGGUGCUAAUUAAAAAAAUAAAAAAUGCACCCUCCACAACUAAACAAAGGUGGGGUUUGGUUGGUAUGAGUGACAUCAGUAGUGUUCUCUUGUAUUUCAGUACUGGCAUUAGCACCCUACAGUGUUGAAGUUUUUUUUUUUUUUUUUUUUUUUCUGGCCUUGAGGAAAUGCUUGUUGGAUGACUGAUUUUAAAGUAUAUCGCCCAAAAAUAUGAAUGUAAUAUAUUGUAGCUGAUCACUUUUUAGGUGUGGUGGUUGCAGUGUAGGCAUCUUAGGCUGUUGUCCUGAUUGGAUUACAAGCAUUCUCCUUUUUCUCCAUUACAUAGGGGAGGGUGGUGGCACAGCAUAUACUGUGGAAGCUGUUAACAUGGUUUUAGAUAACUUUAGAGUGCACAUGAAGUUACAAGGACACUGGAAUUCUGGCAAGAUCAACAGAUAUUUUUAUGUAUUUGUAGAAAAUGUGCAUAUCCUGAAAAAUAAAUUAAUGCAGCCACUACGUCUAAGGAACUGAACUCUAUGUAUGAUUUUUAUAGCAUAGUUCUAUCCAGCUCCAACCAGUGUAAGUAUGCAUAUGCCAUACAUGUGGGUUAUCACUGUAGUAGUUUUGUUACUUCAGUAAAAAUAGGGUAAAGCAUGAUUCAGAGCUAAAAAUAUACCGGUACUUCCUACCACUCACCUCAACAAAUGCAACAUUUUGCAUUCAUUUGUUGGGGGUAGGGAGUAUUUUUAUUUAGUGCUGCACCAUUCUUUACUAUUUUUUUUUGAUUUGUUGUGAACUGCUAAGAAUUGGGAAACUUUCAUACAGAAGUCGGUCUACUACAUUGAUCAGCACCAUAUUCUUGGUCUCAUGAUGGGUGCCAUUCACAGUACGGCAUUAUUUUUUUUCGAUGAAUGCAAGGCAUUCUCUGAUUGCACUAAGAUCAUGUCACUGCCCUGCUUCUCUAUCUCGUUGAAACAGAAUGCCUUGCAUUUAAUGAUAAUUGUAACUAUGCCAUAAAGUCCAUUCCUGUAAUUCUGCUUUAAAGCACAUUUGCAGUCAAAUUUGAGAAAACCCUAGUAUGUGUUUGUGUUCCCAUUCACACACAGCAUACCUAAAAAUUAAAAAAUAUCUUCCCUUUCUUUUUUUUUUUUUUUUGUGAAGGUGACUAAUUCUAACCAUUUCUGAAGAGACUCCGCAGACAGCGGUUUCUAAAUUUGCUAGUUUAAUUUCUGCUAUGUUUAAUGAGAGCAUGUAACAAGUAUAAGGCAUGUGUUAUCCCAAUUUGACUACAAAAGUGACCCUGUCAACAAAUGGUUACUUUAUAAGUAGACCAGCCCUGUAAAAGAAGCCCAUCUAUAACUACUUUUCCAGUGGCCUCUACAAACAGUUCAAAGGGGCUUGAUCAUGUCAGUGCUGGCAUAUGUGGGUAAUGCAUAGUAGGAAGACUCCUAGGUUUGACAUAUGUGCCGACAAUAAAAACUGCUGAGAAGGAACUGGUAUUUGACCAACCUGGAGGGGUUAAAUACAGUAUUGCAAAAGCUGGGAAGCAGUGAAGUGGCUGUGUUUCAAGAAAGGUUAGUACAGAUGGGCUUCUUUUAUUAUUGCCCCCUAUGGUGACAGGGUCACAUUUUUGCAAACCAUGUUAAUAGAUUGCAUAAGUUUGAAUCCACCCAAAUACUUUUUUUGGUAAGACUUCACUUACUGAAGUUGGAACUCCUGAUCUGGUACUUUUCCCAGGUUAAAGGAUAAAGUUCGCCUUUGGAACAUGUUGCAUGUUCCAUUAUCUGUAGCCUCUCAAACCCCCCCCCCCCCCCCAUGACAGUGGGCCAGGGAUCCUUUCCCUGCACUCGCUUUCACAAUUUGAAAACGGGGCAGCUGUUGUAGUUUUAGCUUUCUGUGAAUGAAUGCCUAUUAAGUUCUGUUAGCCAAUGCAGCUGACAACUUCUAAAUAAACUAUGAGGGCGCUAGUGAGCGCUUGUGUAGUCUUUAAUCUUCCUGGUCUCAGGUGACUACCUGCCUAUAUGAGGCAUGAGUUGACGGCUUUGCUGAUAUUCUGAAGGAGCCUGAGAUUGCGCCUGCAGGCUCCUUCGAAAAAAAACAAAUGCAAUUUGUUUUUACCUGGAAAAAUUAGCAUUUCAUUAUUAUACUUUAUUUUUUAUUUUUUUUGCAGUGAAUGUAUCCUUUUAACUAAAAGUACUGAAGCCAUUGCAUCCAUAUAUAAUGGCUAGACACAAUUUUCAGGAUUUGGUUGGUUUGGCAAUGGCAACCUACAUAUUUAAGUAUGUUUCCUUUAAAUCAAGGGUAACAUUGGUAGACUUUGCAUCUAAAAUCUUUGAGAAAACACGCGUCUCAGACAAUGAAUAGUAUAUUUUGUUUUUCACUAACUAUUUCUUUUCUAAUGCUAAAGCUUAGCCAUAUGUUUCAGCCUGCUUGCACAUUCUCCUUUGGGGUUUACCAACAGAGGGUCUAUGUGACUGCAUACAAGUUACAUGGUACAGGGAGACCCUCGCACUUUGUUGGUAAAGCUGUAGAAAAACAUUGUGAGGUUGUAUAGUGUGGCUGUGCUCCAAUUGGCUUUAAUGGACAAAGUGCACUUAUCCUUUUUGCCCUGACCUAGGCUGGCCAUACAUUAUACAAUUUCUGGUUUGAUUUCCUUUAGUUUUACCUUCAACUAUGUAAUGCAAGGGCCUGCCUGAUUGCACGCAAACAAAAGUGUUUAGGUUUACCCUCAUAUCUUAUGGUUUUUUGUAAAUCCAAGGAAAAAUUGUACAAGAAAAUUGUAUAAUUUAUGGCCAGUCUAAAACUUGCAUACCCUUCCCCUGCAUACUUGCCUUGGGCCAAUGGCCUUUGCCUCCAGAGAAUGAUUACAUCUUGGCCUCGCCUGACCAUUCGUCUUAUAGACAGUCUCUGGCCUCAAGAUACAGCUCCAUAGAAGUCUAUGGGGCUAUAAUACACAUGUACAGGCAGUAGAGUGUUGGUCGAGCACUGCAAUACUCAAACACAGAAAGCCUUGGCUAUCCCCUCAAGGAAAGUAUGCAUCUGUUGGCGGGAGAAGGGGGUGCAGGGUCUGUUUUUAGGUCUGGACAAAAUGGAGAAGGGCACUUGCCCUUUAAAUUUACCAGAAGCACUAUGUCCAACAAGUGGAUUUGUAACAACUUGUUGCUAGAGAAAACAGAUUUGCACCCAAUGAAAUUAAGCUGUUACCGAAUGAUUUAAUGUUGAAGCUAGGUGGAAAAUUCUAGUAUCUCUUGUCCAAAGCAGCUUCUGCUGAUCAUGGCACACCAGCAGAUUGUGGCUGGCCAACUUCAGUAGCUGCUUUCUGCAGUCUGCUAGAGAUCGCAAAGCAAAUCAGAUUUGUAACUGGUGCAGAUCUACUUCUAAGUUGCUAUUGUAAAGAAACCCCCACAGACACUUUCAACUGUGCUCAGUAAAACACACGUGCAAUGUGUUCCUGGGAUUAAUGUUUGGGGGACGUUUAUUGAUCCCUGAUGCCCUGUUCACACUUGAGUGAUGUUACAUCUUCACUUUUUUUUGUUCUUAUUUGGUUGUGGCACCAUUAAUUUUUAAAUGGGUCUGCCUCCGCUCCAAAAAAAGUGCCAAAGAAGCUCAUGUACCAAAUUUGGGCAUUGAGCCAGACACUUUUAUAGUUGCUUGUUUUGCUUCGACUUUCUUGCGUUUUUGUCAUGACAAUCGCAGCAAAAUUGCACUACGGUUGAGGUGCCAUUAAGACAUGGUGGCACCACAAGAGCUUUGCACGUUUUUGUUGCAAUUCUUCUUGAGGUUCCAAUACACUCAGGUGUGAACAAAUCUAAAAACAGUCAGGAGGGAGGCGCAACCUCAGCUAUACUUAAAUUGCAUUGAGCACAGCUGAUAAAGUUGAGCUGGGGCAGGCGAUCAUAUGCCACAAUACAUCUGUGAUAGCUUAUCUCUCAAGUAUAGUCCAUUUUAUUAAUUUUUGAGCAACUUGCAGGUUCAAAUUGACGGGACAAAAAAAUAAAGGUGUAAAAAAUACUUUAGUAAACCAUUGUAAAUUGUUGUACAGAAUACCAUUUAAUUUUUUUGUAGCAAAAUAAAAUUUUUAGAAUUGCAGAAAUGCCA